CUAGGGAAGGCGCUAGGUUCGAAUUGCUAGUGACGUUAACAAGGAGCCAAACUCUGUGCGCUGGGAAUGAGCUUCAUGGGGCUGUGGAGCGAACGGGGCGCGGUACGGCUGUAAAACCAUUAUAUUCAGCCUCAGCACAUUGGAACAAUUAACAGAUGAAGUCCAAAUAUGGAGCAGAAGCAACCACGGCGCAGCCAACACAGGGAGAGCAUGAGGAACCAGGAUGCCAAUAUACAACAAAUGGAAGAGGCACUUCUUUUCUUAAAGAAUGUAAAGGGCAAGGUCAUUCUAAAGGAAAACCAUACAUUGAUCAAUCACAUCUUUGCAGUAGAGAACUUUGGGUUGAAACAUGGGAUUCCUCCAGAUGCCAUCAAUGUCUUGCUUAACCUGGUACUGAGUGGCAACCUUGCGGAUUCUUUAAAUGCACGACUCCUGAAAUGUCUAAUUCCUGCGAGUGAAGUAACGCAAAGCAGUAUUAUACAGGCUGUGUCCCUGUUCUGUGCUGGGAAAUGUUCAGCCAACACUCAGAUCAUGUUCCUCCGAUGGCUGAUCACUGUGUUUGAUUAUAUUACUUGCAAGGAUAUCCUCUCCUCCUUCUACAACUUUUUUUUCUGUUUCCUGAAUUACGACAAUCUGUGCCCCUACCUCUGCCAUCUUCUGUACCUGCUUACUAAGAAGGAUCAUGUGAGGCCUUUCAGAGUCCGAAAACUUAUGGAGUUGCAGAAUAAAAAGGGUUUACAGCCUCACCUCCUUGGCCUUCUUUCUAUAUAUAAGAUAUUUUGUCCUGAGCUGGUCUCACUCACUUUGCCAAGCAGGUUUAAGAGUUAUUUCAAAAGUUCCCAUUUUCUGUGGAGGAUGGAGCUGAGAGAAAUCGCUAAAAGAAAUGCCGGAAACCCUGCUGGCGACUGUAGAAUAAUUCUUGGCGAAAAAGAACAAAUCUUAUCUCACUCUCGCAAAAGGAAAUGGAACAGUAAUCCACUGCCGCCUGUACAUAGCAGCAUUUGGGGCAAAGGGCCUGUCCUUGCUGAUAACUUGGUUUCCAAUGAGCAAACGUUUCCUAUAGAGAGACUGCAAACAUUCCCACAGCUGCUGGACAACAUCCAUAGACUUGAGCUGCCUGCUCAGAUGGGCUCCGUUUUAAAAAGUCCUUUGUUGCUGCAUUAUGUCAACUGCAUCAAGGAUGACACCCCAUUCCUGCGGCUAAACUACUGGUUGGCCUUUACAUUACAUGAAGAAUGUGCUUGGUACAAAGGGAACAAGCGCAGCAAAGAGGAAAUAGAGGCCUUUCUGGAGACAGUGGCCAAUAUGCAGCAGUUUUUGCAGGAAGGGCUUUAUAGCACUGAAGGGUUCCUUUACAAGAGUCUGCCGCACUGGAAUGGUUCUCAUCAAUCCCACAUCCUAGAUCUUAUCAGCUGGAUUCCAAUGAGCCCUUCUUCAGAGAUGGAGGAGCUCCUGUACAAGCCACUAGCCCAGCUCUUUAUUUCAUCUUCUGUAUAUUUCAAAUGCAGCAUUCUUGAGAGUCUAAAGGCACUAUUGCACAACUGGCUGGUCUGGCACUCGGUCUCUGUAGAGCGAAUACAUACACAGAGCACAAACAUGAACGGCACAAUGUCUGGCCUGCUAACCUCUGUGAAAGAUCUUAUUCAUUUUAUUGGACGCCUUUCCACAUUGGGACUGCAAAUUCACAACAGCAAUUUGCUUCUCCACUUUGUCCUGGAUAUCUAUGAACUGGUUUCUGAUAUGUAUGUAAAAUUCUCGUUGCCCCUGGUAGUUCUACCCCCUCCCGGAGUAUUCUACCCUGCACUGUUAAGCACUGAUUGUGUUAACCUGAACCAGCUGUGCUACAUAAUGUACAGGUACAGAACCAACUUAGUUACGGCAAAAACAAAUGAGAGACAGAUAAAGGCCCAGAUGCACCUGAAUAUUCACAGCCACACCUUUCAGGAGUUCAACAAAUACCUGACUGCCAUGGUGGGCUGCCUUUGGACUUCACAAGCAUUUCAUCAAGAUACUCAUCCACAGGGAAUUCAUCUGGAAACACACCUGCUUGAAAGUUCUGGGGUUUCAACGUAUAAGAAAGCUUUCAAUAUAGUUUACCAUCCAGCACUGAUUGGAUAUUCAGUCCAUUUCUAUCAUCAGGUAUUUUCAAAGGACAAGCUGUUUCGUCUCCAGUCGAUAAAGGGUCGGCUGUGGAAUAAGUACCUAGAUUUUCUCUACAGUCAAGGACUAAAUGGUCUUAAACUCUUUAUUGAGAGCAGUGUGAACCGCCUGGCUAGUAAUUCUCAGCAGCAAGAGCCAUGUGACCUCCUCUUGUCAAAGUCUUAAAAAACUUAACUUUGCACUGUCUGUCUGGGAGUCUUUUGGCCUGAAUCCGGUAGUUGGUUAAAACCACCAUCCUACGAUAAAAGCGGGCACUCGUCUUUGGAAAGGACCACUUUUCAUUCUGCCAAAAAGACACCAAGGAAUGGGCUAAUAAAACUAAUCAUGUAUUAUCCAUUUGUUCAUUUUACUCCUUUUUUACAGUCUAGGUGACCCCAGAAUGGUUUCCGCUAAUGCCUAAAUUUGAAGGCCAUACAACACAUUUUGAAGUAUAUGCCUUUUCCUUUUAAUUUUCAGGGGAUAAGCUUGCUGGGUAAAGUGUGAAGGCCUUCAGCGUAAAUAUUUGGCUAUUUUUUUAUAGAAGAAUUCACAUGUAAAACUUUUGCUUAUGUAUAUAGACUGUAUGAUGCUGUAUGUGUGUGUAUAUAAUUGUACAAAAAUAAAUGACUUUUGCCUUAAA